AUGGAGGGACACAAAAGGCUCAUGCAAGUCAUCCACGAAAUGCAGUCCAAGAUCAUCAAGCUAGUACAAGAAAACCAAGCCCUUCGAGGGGAGUUACAGUUUGGUGGACAGAAGGAAACAAAGGGAGAAGAGAUUGUCAGAGAAAACACUCAAAACGGAGAAUCCUGGAGCCACUCAAAAUCAGAUGAAGAGACCACUGGUUCUCUAGUGCCUCUGCGCAGGAGUGUUUCAGCUGGCUCUGCUUUGAUUCUACAGGAACAAAAAGAUAACAUUAUGACUGUCAGGCGUUAUUCCAUCUCAUCUGUGCCUUCACUUCUCAGCAAUAAACACCACAAAAGUGAUAAGAAGAAUCCUUUCAAGACAUCUCUUGAAUUUAAGGGGAUAAACAAAUCACCAGUCUUUACUACAGAUGGACCAUUAUCUAACAAAGAAGACAAAAGUUUUGGAAAAAUCUCAUCAAGUAAAGACAGUUCUUUCCAAGAUCAAGUUUUCAAGUGCAGAGGGAAAGUAAAGGCUGUCAGUUUCUUGUUGUCGCCUUAUUCAGGAAAUCAAGAUUCUUUCAAAUGCUUACAAAGUGAGAACCCAAAACAAUUAAGCACCAUUAUUGAAAAGGACAUGUGA